GGUCCCGAUUCUCAGCAAAAAGGAAGACGUUUUUGCUUAUUUAGCAAGAUAUUCUGUGCCACUCUUGCGAGCGGCAUGGUUGAUAAAAAUGACGUGUGCCUACUACUCAGCCAUCUCUGAAGCUAAAAUCAAGAAACGCCAGGCAGCUGAUCCAAAUCUUGAAUGGACUCAAAUCUCUACCAGAUACCUAAGAGAACAGUUGGUAAAGAUUGCAGAAUUUUAUCACAUGUCUACAAGCCAAGGCAAAAACUCUGUAGUUGUGCCUCGUGAAGUGGAACAAGCUCUGAAGCAGUGGGAAUAUAAUGAAAAGUUGGCAUUUUAUAUGUUCCAGGAAGGAAUGCUUGAAAGACAUGAAUAUUUAACAUGGAUCCUGGAUGUCUUGGAAAAAAUAAGACCAGCUGAUGACGAACUUUUGAAACUUCUCCUACCACUAAUGCUGCAGUAUUCUGAAGAGUUUGUUCAGUCAGCCUACCUGUCGCGUCGCCUUGCUUACUUCUGUGCCAGACGUGUCUCUUUGUUGAUAAGUGACAAUACUAACCUCAUAGCUGCCCACUCGCCUCAUAUUAUUAUCGGACCAAAUAAUCCUCCUCUGGCAGCUCCCAGCUCUUCGACAACUGGUACUGUAGUCAAUCCUGCCCAGCUUGCCUGUUCAGAUUUCCUUUCCUGCCCCCAACACCGCCCUCUUGUCUACGGCCUAAGCUGUAUGCUGCAGACUAUAACUCUCUGUUGCCCAAGUGCCUUGGUCUGGAAUUAUUCUACAAAUGAAAGUAAAAACAUAAAUCCUGGCUCACCUUUGGAUUUACUUCAAGUUUCUCCAUCCAGCUUACCAAUGCCAGGAGGAAAUUCUGUAUUCAAUCAGCAGGUCCGUGCAAAGAUUUUUGAAGUAGAACAGCAGAUAAAACAAAGGGGCCGUGCUGUUGAAGUACGGUGGUCAUUUGACAAGUGCCAAGAAUCAACUGCAGGGGUUACUAUCAGCCGUGUUUUGCACACUUUGGAGGUUUUGGAUAGACACUGUUUUGAUCGUUCAGAUUCUAGCAACUCAAUGGAAAUCCUUUAUAACAAGAUUUUCUGGGGAACCCAUAAUAAGGAUAACCAGGAGGUUGCCUCUAACGAUGAAGCUGUUGUAACAUUGCUUUGUGAAUGGGCUGUGAGUAGUAAAAGAUCUGGUAAGCACCGGGCAAUGGCUGUAGCUAAACUAUUGGAGAAGAGGCAAACUGAAAUUGAGGCAGAAAGAUGUGGGGAAGUUGAAAUCAUGGAUGAAAAGGAGUCCAUUUCUUCAGCAUCAUUUGCUGGAUCUAGCCUGCCUAUUUUCCAGAACGUUCUCCUUAGAUUUUUAGAUACUCAAGCCCCCUCAUUACCUGAUCCAAACAGUGAAUAUGAAAAAACUGAAUUUGUAAACCUAGUGCUGCUUUUUGGUGAAUUCAUACGGCAUGAUGUUUUUUCGCAUGACGCUUACAUGUGCACUUUAAUAUCACGUGGAGACUUAUCUGUCGCUGCAGCUUCUAGAGCACGUUCACCAACUGGGGAAAACAUGGAUGAGCACUAUUCUAAGGAACAUGAUGUGAAACUUGAGGAACAUAGUCUUAUGGAACACAUGUAUAUUGACUCAGGAACCACUAAUAUUUUUGAUGAUGUAGACAAGAAUGACUUUAAGACAGACUUUGGUUCGGAAUUUCCAAUCUUUUCUCCAAUGCCUGGGGAGUCUUGUGAAAAUCUGAAUUCAAUACCAGUACAAAACAGAAGAGCUUCAGUAAAUAACGAAAAGUCUACAAAGAAAGAAAAAGGAAGGGAGCUGAUUCUUCCAUCAAAUUACCACCUCCUUCGACAUUUGCAGUAUGCUACACAUUUUCCUAUACCUUUGGAUGAAUCAUCAAGUCAUGAAUAUAACCAGCGCAUGAUACUUCUUUAUGGAGUUGGAAAGGAACGUGAAGAGGCCAGGCAUCAACUGAAGAAGAUUACCCGAGAUAUUCUGAAAAUCCUAAAUAAGAAAAGCACUUCUGAAAUGAGUGGUGGCGACGAAGGGCAAAAAGUCAGGAAGAACAGGCAGGAGGCAUUUCCAACUUUAGAGACUGUAUUUACAAAACUUCAGCAGCUCUCAUACUUUGACCAGCAUCAAGUGACAAGUCAGAUCUCCAACAAUGUUCUGGAGCAGAUUACUAGUUUUGCAUCAGGAACAUCAUACCAUCUUCCACUAGCUCAUCACAUAGAAUUUAUCUUUGAUCUAAUGGAACCUGCUUUAAAUAUUAAUGGACUUAUUGACUUUGCUGUUCAGCUGCUGAAUGAGCUGAGUGUGGUGGAAGCUGAACUACUACUGAAGUCAUCCAGCCUGGCAGGAAAUUACACAACUGGACUGUGUGUUUGCAUUGUAGCUGUGCUAAGGCAUUAUCAUGCUUGCCUCAUUUUGAAUCCAGAUCAAACUGCUCAGGUUUUUGAAGGAUUAUGUGGUGUUGUGAAACACAUAGUCAAUCCAUCAGAAUGCUCUUCCCCUGAAAGGUGUAUUUUAGCCUACCUGUAUGAUCUGUAUGGAUCCUGUAGCUAUCUUAGAAGCAAAUUUGGAGAUCUUUUCAGUAGUGCCUGUUCAAAGGUAAAGCAGACCAUAUAUAGCAACGUUCAACCUUCAAAUUCCAAUUUGUUAUGGGAUCCUGAAUUCAUGUUGGAUUUUAUUGAGAAUCCCUCCAUUCGCAGCCUUAAAUAUUCAAUGUUGGGCAAGAUUCUGAGUGACAAUGCACCAAGUCGCUAUAGCUUUGUGUGUAAUGCACUAAUGAAUGUCUGCAUGGGCCAUCAAGACGCAGACAGAAUUAAUGAUAUUGCCAACUUAUGUGCAGAAUUAACUGCUUGCUGUACAGUCCUAAGUUCAGAGUGGUUAGGAGUCUUGAAAGCCCUUUGCUGUUCUUCAAAUCAUGUCUGGGGAUUUAAUGAUCUUCUCUGCAGUGUGGAUGUGAGUGAUCUUUCAUUCCAUGAUUCAUUAGCUACCUUUGUUGCAAUACUGAUAGCUCGUCAAUGUUUUUUCCUUGAGGAUGUUGUUCAACACGUAGCUCUCCCUUCUUUACUUACAGCAGCUUGUGGAGAUCCAGAUGCUGAGCCAGGGGCAAGGAUGACUUGCCGGCUUCUUCUACAUCUCUUCCAAACACCCAUGAUUUCCCUACUGUCAAAUGAAAAAUGUUUUCCAGGAAUUCGGUCAUCUUGCGACCGCCGCCUUUUAAGUGCUGCUCACAACAGCAUUGAAGUGGGAGCAGUAUUUGCUGUUUUGAAAGCAAUUCUUAUGCUUGGUGAUGCUGAAAUUGGAAGCAACAAUAUUCCCUCCUUGAAAAAUUCAGAUUACUCAGUACAGAGAUUAUUGGGAGAUCUAAAUGAUGAUGAGAUAUGGGAAGCUACCUCAAAGUCUUUGUAUGAAAAAACCAUUUCAAUAGAAACUGCUACACUCAGUGAAUAUGCUAGAUAUGUACUAAGAAGCAUUUGUCAGCAGGAAUGGGUAGGAGAACACUGCUUGAAAGAACCCGAGAGGCUAUGUACCGACAAAGAUCUUAUCCUGGAUCCAGUUCUCUCCAACAAACAAGCACAGAAAUUGUUGCAGCUUAUCUGUUACCCUCACAGUAUUAAAGAAUGUGCAGAAGGGGACAAUCCUCAGAGACAACACAUCAAGCGCAUUCUUCAGAAUAUAGACCAGUGGACUCUUAGACAGUCAUGGCUGGAACUUCAGCUAAUGAUCAAACAGUGUCUGAAGGAACCUGGUUCUGGGUCUGUGGCUGAAAUGAACAGCUUGUUGGAUAAUAUUGCAAAGGCGACAAUAGAAGUGUUUCAGCAAUCCGCUGAUCUAAACAAUAACUCUUCUAACUCUGGUAUAGGCCUCUUCAAUCCAAACGCUCUUGGAAAUGCUGACACGCCUAUUACAAGGCAGAACUGUAAAAAGACAUUCCUAAGUUCUUCUGAAAGACAAGGUGUAUGGUUAGUGGCUCCCUUGAUUGCAAAGCUGCCGACAUCUGUUCAAGGCCGAGUCUUGAAAGCAGCUGGAGAAGAACUAGAGAAAGGCCAGCACUUGGGAUCAUGUUCAAAGAAGGAGAGAGACAGGCAAAAACAGAAGAGUAUGUCUCUUCUGAGUCAGCAACCAUUCCUAUCUUUGGUACUCACUUGUCUCAAGGGACAGGAUGAACAGCGUGAAGGGCUUCUAACAUCUCUGCAAAAUCAAAUUAAUCAGAUAUUAAGCAACUGGAGGGAAGAACGAUACCAAGAUGAUGUUAAAGCAAGACAAAUGAUGCAUGAAGCAUUACAACUCCGUCUUAAUUUGGUUGGUGGAAUGUUUGAUACAGUGCAAAGAAGUACUCAGUGGACCACAGACUGGGCACUUUUACUCCUUCAGAUAAUAACAUCAGGGACUGUUGACAUGCAAACCAAUAA